AUGCUGUGCAAGAUCCAGCUAGUGCUCACCACAGUAUGUAUUCUGAUCACUCCUUGUAAUGCUGUCUUAUCAUAUGAACCACAAAUAAGUUAUUUUGAUGGCACGGGGUAUAUGGACAGCUGUAGGUCGAAGCUUGAGCGACGUGUCUCAGCAUUAUCUGGCUUGCUAAUAUCACAUCAACUAUAUGGGAGUGUCCCGUAUAAUGCAUCCAAAAAUUGUUUUCUGCUGAUUACGGCACCAGUUGGUUAUCGCAUUCGACUUCGCGUUCUCGAUUUCGAUGUACUUGGUGAUUCUCACAACUGCGACAAGGACACUCUUCAUCAUGAGAAGCCAAUCGAUUUGCAAGCCUUACGUGAUGCAACACAAGAAGAUACUUCACCCGGGCCCAUACUUGGUCAGUUUUGCGGCGCUAUCAAGAAUUCUAGCGAAUUAACGGUUUCAACAGAAAAUGCGCUUACACUCUGGUGGCACACUGAUGCCGAAUUACCGCUACAGCACAGUGGUGAAGGCUUUCGCUUGUUGUGGUCCGCUUUUCGAAAAUCCAACAUUGCACCGUGUAAUAAUCAACGCGAGUUCACGUGCAAAAAUCAGGAAUGCAUUCCAGCCGAACUUGCUUGCAACCGCUAUCCAGAUUGCAAAGACGGAUCUGAUCUAAUACGCGAGCUGCAAAUUGCGCACAAAUGCGAUUCUGUAGAGGACGGUCCGCUGGGCUCGCUGACGGGCUUUACAAUUCUGCUCAUUUGUAUGGCGGCGGUUAGCAUAUGCGCAUGUUUAUGUGUAUCGGCAUGCAUAUGCUGUCGAUGUAUGAAGUUACCGGAUAAAGCGUACAACUCCAACAGUACCACGGCACUACGGACUGAACGAACAUGCUGUGCAGUAGCAGAGAUCUCCGAAAUGCAACAGCCAACUCCACCUGGCUUUUAUCCACCGUCACCGCCCAAUGCUCCACCGCCAAGCAGCAAAGAAACGCCUAACAAAACGUUAGUCUAUAGUUUCCCCUUUCAAGCUCACAGUGCUUUAUAA